UGGACCCUUGGGCUCAAAGGGCUUUGAACCAGGGAGAUUUAAGACCCUGGGACCCCCUGGUGGUGUAGGCGGCAGAAACACUUGGAGCCAUGGCUCGGUUCUCCGGUCGGGAACCGGAGGUAGAUCUGGAAGCCCUGAGUAGGCGCUCCCUCUGCUGGCCAAUCAGGGCAGGUGGCAACUGCUUGCCGGCAAGGGCUGACACUAGGCCAGCCUAAUUAGAGAGCUGCUUAGGACAGAGAGCCUAGGGGGGGGAGGCUGCUUGGAACAACUGCUUGAGAAGUGUCUGCUGGGAGAGGGGGAGGUUCCUGUCUGCCCUGAGGAGCCGCUGCCUGUCCUACCUGCGCUGCCUGCCUGCGUGCUCCUGACAUGGAGAGAGAAAAGCUGCCGCAGGGAGGGACAGAGCUGCCCUUGUGUCAGGUCCUCCUCUUCCGAGAUCUCCCCUGCAGUCCCGUGUCCAUCUGUGGGGCUCCCAACACAAGGACCUGAACCUGCUGGUGUGGCAUCGGUGCUACGAUGAACCUGGUGCCAGCAGUAACACCAGCGGCAGCAGCUGCCGCAGCGCCGUCGCUCCACGUUACCAGGCAGAGCUCCCCGACGAGCCUUUGUUUAUGGAAGCAGCGGGGGCCUGGAGCUGAGAGAGCAGGGCGGGGAUCUGAGCUAUCGCGACAGUGCCGAGAACGGGGUCGGGAUCUCGGUCCUGUAGCUUCCGGGCUCCAUCGUUGGGCGGCUCCAGUCUCCUGUCCGCCCCGUCCGGCCGCGGGCACUCGAGUCCCAGGGCUGUCAGCAGAUUGAUGCACCCCAGCGUGACGCGUCAGGGGGAGCUGGUCCAGAACAGCCCUGAGACACAAAUGCAGCAGGAAGAGAAGGAGGAGGAGCAAGUAGGCAAAGAGAUGGAGGAGAAGGAGGUGGACGAUCAGGAGGAAGAGGCGGAGAAACAGCAGCAGGAAGAAGGUGAAGGUAAAGCUGCCGCGGACCCCAGUGUGCCAGCCGAGCAGUGCCCUGAGUGCGGGCAGAGCCUCCCGCCCGGCUGGCAGCCGGGGAAGCAGCAGUGCCCCCAGCCUGGCACCCAGCGCUUCAUCUGCACCCACUGCGGCCAGAGGCGCUCCAGCCUCCUCCGGCGGCAGCAGGGAGGUACCCAGCCGGGCCCCAAGCUGCGGUUGGAGUGCGGUGAGUGUGGCAAGAGCUUUGCCAGCAGCUCUAGUCUCAGGCAGCACAGUCAAAUCCAUGCUGGGAAGAAGCAGUUUCCCUGUGUUGACUGUGGCAAGAGCUUCACCAACAGCUGUGAUCUCCUUCAGCACUGGCACGUCCACAGCGGGGAGAAGCCUUACAGCUGCGGUGCUUGUGGCAAAAGCUUCGCCAGCAGGUCUGGUCUCCGCCAGCACCGGCAAACGCAUGCUGAGACAAAGCAGUUCCCCUGCCGUGACUGUGGGAAGAGCUUCACCAACAGCACUGCUCUGAUCCAUCACUUGCACGUCCACACCAGGGAGAAGCCCUACAGCUGUGGUGUCUGUGGCAAGAGCUUUGCCACCAGUUAUGCUCUCUGCUAUCACCGUCGCAUUCACACCGGGGAGAAGCCGUACAGCUGUGGCGAGUGUGGCAAGAGCUUUGCCAGCAGCUCUGUUCUCAGCCGGCACUGCCAAAUCCAUUCUGGGAAGAGGUUUCCCUGCAGUGACUGUGGCAAGAGCUUCACCAGUAGCACUGCUCUAAUCCAGCACUGGCACGUCCAUACCGGGGAGAAGCCUUACAGCUGCGGUGACUGUGGCAAGAGCUUCGCCAGUAGCUCUGAUCUCAGAAAUCAUCGUCGCCUCCACACGGGGGAGAAGCCCUACAGCUGUGGUGACUGUGGCAAGAGCUUUACCAGUAACUCUACUCUCAGCUCUCACCGACGCCUCCACACGGGGGAGAAGCCCUACAGCUGCAGUGACUGUGGCAAGAGCUUUACCAGCAGCUCUGGUCUGAAGUAUCACUGUCGCCUCCACACGGGGGAGAAGCCCUACAGCUGUGGUGACUGUGGCAAGAGCUUCACCAGGAGCUCUAAAUUGAGGUAUCACCUUCGCAUCCACACGGGGGAGAAGCCCUACAACUGCGGUGACUGCGCCAAGAGCUUCACCAGCAGCUAUGACCUCAGCCGUCACCGUCGCGUCCACACCGGGGAGAAGCCCUACAGCUGUGGAGUCUGCAGCAAGAGCUUUUUCAGCAGCUCAGGUCUGAGCUAUCACCGUCGCAACCACACCGGGGAGAAGUAGUACAAAUGAGGUGACUCUGGCAAGACCUUCUGGCAGAACACUGAUCUGACCAAGCAGUGCAUGAGCAGCCACCAGAGGAUGAAGAGCAGCAGCAAAGCUUCCAAGGGUCCUCACUCUCAGUGCCCCCAGCAUGUGCCCAGCAGCCAUGGGCCCCUCCUCACAACAGUGUUGCCAGA